UUCGCCGCUUGGUUCCACAUGCUGCGCAGAGCGACAUCAGCACUGCUGCGGAGUGGAGCAGAGAUCUCAGCCGCUGUCCUUUUCAUCCUCCCGGUGACCACAGCCAAGCUUCAGCCGCUCUGUGCUCCACGUAUUAGCAGACCUUUCUCUCUUACCGCCUGCUUGAGCAAGAAGAAGAAGAGAAGUCUCUGGUUGGAGCAACGUGAAGGACAAAACAUGGACGGCAACAUUGAGGAAAUUCUGGCUCCACUGAGACAAGCAGUGAAGGAGCAGGGCGAUCUGGUGCGUCAGAUGAAAAGCAACGGCGCUCCGGACGUGGAUGUCUCCAGAGCUGUGGCGGAGCUCAAAGCCAGGAAGAAGAUCCUCGAGGCGAAGGAGCUCUCUCUGCAGACUAAAGACGACAUCGUGGACAGAGUGAAGAUGGAGGACACGCUGAAGAGACGCUUCUUUUAUGACCAAGCGUUCGCCAUCUAUGGAGGUGUGAGUGGUCUGUACGAUUUCGGGCCGGUCGGCUGCGCUCUGAAGAACAACAUCCUGCAGGCAUGGAGGCAGCACUUCAUCCAUGAGGAGCAGAUUCUGGAGAUCGACUGCACGAUGCUGACGCCCGAGCCCGUCCUCAAGACAUCGGGACACGUGGACAAGUUCGCCGACUACAUGGUGAAAGACGUGAAGAACGGAGAGUGUUUCCGUGCCGAUCAUCUCCUGAAGGCUCAUCUUCAGAAGCUGAUGAGCGAUAAGAAGUGCACGCAGGAAAAGAAGAGUGAGAUGGAAGACGUCAUCACUCAGAUGGACAACUACACUCAGCAGGAACUGGCUAAUCUGUUCAUGAAAUACAGUGUGAAGUCUCCCAGCACAGGAAAUGACCUCACACCGCCCAUCUCAUUCAACCUGAUGUUCCAGACCUCCAUCGGUCCCGGAGGUAACAUGCCAGGCUAUCUGAGGCCUGAAACCGCUCAGGGAAUCUUCCUUAACUUCAAACGCCUGCUGGAGUUCAACCAGGGCAAGCUGCCAUUUGCUGCAGCUCAGAUCGGGAACUCUUUCAGAAACGAGAUCUCCCCUCGCUCGGGCCUUAUCCGAGUCAGAGAGUUCACGAUGGCCGAGAUCGAGCACUUUGUCGACCCGAAUGAAAAGGUGCAUUCCAAAUUCUCCAGCGUCGCCAAUCUGGACGUCUUGCUGUACUCGUCCAAAGCGCAGACCAGCGGGCAGUCAGCCCAGAUUAUGAAGCUGGGGGAUGCAGUGGAGCAGGGCGUUAUCAACAACUCUGUCCUGGGUUACUUCAUUGGGAGGAUCUACCUCUACCUGACCAAAGUCGGUCUAGCGAAAGACAAAGUGCGUUUCCGUCAGCACAUGGACAACGAGAUGGCUCACUACGCCUGCGACUGCUGGGACGCCGAAGCCAAAACCUCCUACGGCUGGAUCGAAAUUGUGGGCUGCGCAGACCGCUCAUGUUAUGACCUCACGUGUCAUGCACGGGCUACCAAGGUCCCACUGGUUGCUGAGAAACCCCUAAAGGAACCCAAAGUCGUCAACAUGGUGCAGUUUGAGCCGAACAAGGGAGCCAUCGGCAAAGAAUACAAGAAAGACGCGAAGCUGGUCAUGGAGUACCUCGCCAUCUGUGACGAGUGUUACAUCACAGAUCAGGAGAAGCUGCUGAGUGAGAACGGCGAGUUCACCAUCGAGACCGAAGGCAAGACCUUCAAACUCACGAAGGACAUGGUGAGCGUCAAGCGGUUCCAGAAGACACUUCAUGUUGAAGAGAUCACCCCCAACGUCAUCGAGCCUUCCUUCGGUAUCGGCAGGAUCAUGUACUGCAUUUUCGAGCACACAUUCCACAUCCGAGAGGGUGAUGAGCAAAGAACGUAUUUCAGCUUCCCGGCUCUCGUAGCACCUUAUAAAUGUUCCGUCCUCCCUCUGAGCCAGAAUCAGGAAUUCGUGCCUUUUGUGCGUGAGCUAUCUGAAGCCAUGACCAAAUUUGGCGUGUCUCACAAAGUGGAUGACUCCUCGGGCUCCAUCGGGAGGCGCUACGCCAGGACGGAUGAAAUCGGUGUGGCGUUCGGGAUCACUAUUGAUUUCGACACCGUGAACAAGACGCCACACACGGCCACUCUGAGAGACCGCGACACCAUGAGGCAGAUCAGAGCCGAGGUUCGCGAGUUACCCGAGAUCGUGCGAGACCUCGCCAACGGUGUCACCACAUGGGCUGAGAUUGAGAGCAAGUACCCCAUCUUUGAAGGUCAGGAGACCAGCAAGAAGGACACAGCAGAAGAGUAGAUUAAGCUGCCUUACCUCAUCCUGCCUCCGACACACAGGGCAACACCAUGCACAUUUUUUUUUUUACACGAGCACCAAUAGGAACAAUUUAAUUGCACCUGUACAGUAUGAUAUUAACGAUCAUUGUGAAUGGUGCACUCGGUCAUCGCUAGAAUUACAACCAUCUUAUCAAAUCAUUAAAAUAUAUAUCUUUAUACAGAAAUUCAGAGACAAUGUAAAGAUGGUGGGUAUCGUCACGGUUCAGUAAGAGGUCGCACUUGUAAAAAAGGGAGAACUGGAAUUCGGGUGUUUGUGGAUUUCGCUGUUUAAGAAUUUGCUAGAAAUCUGAAAUGCAUCUUUGGUUCAAUAAAUCAAAGCAAGCACUUUCUGGACCUCUAACAUUGUCUGAUGGCCCUUUUGUUACUCAAUGUAUGACUUUGUCUUUGACUUUUUACCAAAUAAAUCUCUAGAUAUUGUGUUUUAAAUAAUAAAUCACAAAUAAAACUACAGGAUCAGAAACUA